CUGUGUGCCACCAUGGAACUGGGGCUUCCGGAGGGCAGCUACCUGGAGCUCCUUAACAGCGAUGCCGACCCCCUACACCUUUACCACUUCUAUGACCAGAUGGACCUGGCUGGGGAGGAGGAGAUCGAGCUCAACUCAGAGCCAGACACAGACACCAUCAACUGUGACCAGUUCAGCAAGCUGUUGCAGGACAUGGAGGGGGAUGAAGAGACCCGGGAGGCCUAUGCCAACAUCGCGGAACUGGAUCAGUAUGUGUUCCAGGACACCCAGCUGGAGGGCCUCAGCAAGGACCUCUUCAUAGAGCACAUUGGAGCAGAGGAAGCCUUCAGUGAGAGCGUGGAGGGCCCUAUAGAAGCAGGGCCGAGGCCUCGGAAGAGACGCUCCCCAGAAGAGCACCCUAUGGACUCAAAGCACAGGAAGCUAGUGCCCCCCUCUACAUCCUCACUGAACUGUUUGGAUCUCCCCAUCGGACACAUCCAGCUCCUUCCCACUCUGCCACAGGGAUUCUGGCAAAUAUCAGGGGCUGGCACAGGGCUCCCCAGCGUUCUGAUCUACCAUGGUGAGAUGCCCCAGGUCAAUCAAGUGGUCCCUUUAGUCAGCCCCACUGUCCCCAGCCUCCCCAAAUCCCCAGACAGGCUGGGCUCCAUCAGCCCCUUUGCACCAUCUGCAGCUGACCUACCCAGCAUGCCCGAACCUGCGCUGACUUCCCGUGUUCAUGAGAUGGAGGACACAACAUCCCCCUCCCCAUGCCAAGAGGAUCCUGAGUCUUCCAUCAAACUUCCAAAAUGGCCAGCGUCUGUGGAGCGGUUCCAGAACUCCCUGAAGGACAAGUACCAGGUGGAGCCUGAGAGCCUGUGUGGUCCCCUGGUAGCCGUGGAGCUGGUGCAGGCCAGGUUGGAGAGAGGCGGCAACAAGAGCCAGGAAAGGGAGCUAGCCACUCCAAACUGGACAGAGCGCCAGCUAGUCCACGGUGGCCUGGCUGAGGUGCUUCAGGCUGUGGGCGGCUGCCGGCAGCCUCGAGAGACACAAGUGGUCGCUGUGCUGGGCAAGGCUGGCCAGGGCAAGAGCCACUGGGCCCGGAUGGUGAGUCAGGCCUGGGCCCGUGGCCAGUUGCCACGAUAUGACUUUGUCUUCUAUGUCCCUUGUCACUGCUUGGAUCGUCCGGGGGACACUUACCACCUGCAGGAUCUGCUCUGCCCCCCAAGCCUGCAGCCACUGGUCAUGGAUGAUGAGGUCUUAGGUCACAUUGUGAGGCAACCAGAGCGUGUCCUGCUCAUUCUGGAUGCUUUUGAGGAGCUAGAGGCCCAAGAUGGCCUCCUACAUGGACCAUGUGGACCUCUGCCCCCAGAGCCCUGCUCCUUCCGGGGGCUGCUAGCUGGGCUUUUCCAGAGGAAGCUGCUGCGUGGCUGUACUCUGCUCCUCACAGCCCGGCCCCGGGGCCGCCUAGCUCAGAGCCUGAGUAAGGCAGAUGCCAUCUUUGAGGUGCCUGGCUUCUCUGCUGAACAGGCCCAGACGUACAUGAGACGCCACUUUGAGAACUCAGGGACAGCAGGGGACCAAGACAAGGCCCUGGGCCUCCUGAGGGGUCAGGCUUUUCUCCUCACCCACAGUCACAGCCCUGCUCUGUGUAGGGCUGUAUGCCAGCUCUCCAAGGCCCUGCUGGAACAGGGCACAGAGACCCAGCUGCCUUGCACACUUACAGGCCUCUAUGUUGGCUUGCUAGGCCCUGCAGCCAGGGACAGUCCUCCAGGGGCCUUAGCUGAGCUGGCCAAGCUGGCCUGGGAGCUGGGCCGCAGACACCAAAGCACUUUGCAAGAGACCCAGUUACUAUCAGUGGAGGUGAGGACCUGGGCAGUGACCCAGGGCUUGGUGCAGCCCACCCUGGGAACCACAGAGGCCCAGCUGGGCUUCUCCAGUUUUCUACUACAGUGCUUCCUGGGUGCUGUGUGGCUGGCACAGUGCAAUGAAAUCAAAGACAAGGAGCUGCCACAGUACCUGGCCUUGACCCCAAGGAAGAAGAGACCCUAUGACAACUGGCUGGAGGGCGUACCACGCUUCCUGGCUGGACUGGUUUUCCAGCCUCCUCGAGCCCACUGCCUGGGAGCCCUGAUGGAGCCUGCAGUGGCAGACCGGAAGCGGAAGGUUCUUACCCGGUACCUGAAGCGCCUGAAGCUGGGGACUCUGCGGCCUGGACGACUGCUGGAGCUGCUGCAUUGUGCCCAUGAGACGCAGGACUCUGGGAUUUGGGAGCAUGUGGCACACCAGCUCCCUGGGCACCUCUCCUUCCUGGGCACCCGGCUCACACCCCCAGAUGUGUACGUGCUGGGCAGGGCCCUAGAGACGGCCAGCCAGGACUUCUCCCUGGACCUCCGUCAGACCGGCAUUGAGCCCUCUGGACUGGGGAGCCUCGUGGGACUCAGCUGCGUCACCAGUUUCAGGGCUGCCUUGAGUGAUACAAUGGUGCUAUGGGAAUCCCUACGGCAGCAGGGAGAGCCCCAGCUACUCCAGGUGGCAGAGGAGAAGUUCACCAUUGAGCCAUUUAAGGCCAAGUCUCCAAAGGAUGUGGAAGACCUGGACAGCCUUGUGCAGACACACAGGCUGAGACACCACUCGGAGGAUGCAGCCCCAGAUCUUCCUGCCAUCCGGGACCUUAAAAAGCUGGAGUUUGCGUUGGGUCCGGUCUUGGGUCCCCAGGCUUUCCCCACACUGGCAAAGAUACUUCCAGCAUUCUCAUGCCUGCAGCACCUGGACCUGGACUCACUUAGUGAUAACAAGAUUGGGGACGAGGGUGUGUCGAAGCUCUCAGCCACCUUUCCUCAGCUCAAGGUCCUGGAGACUCUCAACCUGUCCCAAAACAGCAUCACCGAUGUGGGUACCUGCAAGCUUGCAGAAGCCCUGCCGGCCCUGGCCAAGUCUCUCCUAAGGCUGAGCUUGUACAAUAACUGCAUCUGUGACGCAGGAGCCAAGAGCCUGGCACAAGUGCUUCCAGACAUGGUGUCCCUGCGGGUGAUGGAUGUCCAGUUUAACAAGUUCACGGCUGCCGGUGCCCAGCAGCUGGCCUCCAGCCUUCAGAAGUGCCCUCAAGUGGAAACACUGGCAAUGUGGACACCCACUAUCCCCUUUGGGGUUCAGGAACACUUGCAGCAGCUAGAUUCCCGGAUCAGCCUGAGAUGACCCUGCUGUGCCCUGGACAAGCAUGUACUCUGGGACACUGACCACGCUGGACCUUGAACUGGGUACUAUGGACUCUGCUCUUCUGUGGGCCAUACUCCAUGAGAGCCGGCCUCUGGUAACCCUGCCCCUGCAGGCUUGGAGUUGGGCUCUGCCUAGAUGAGGA